AUGUGUCAUUACGUCCGCGACAUUAAACAGUUUGGUGCUCCAUAUGGCGUCUGCUCCUCCAUUACCGAAUCUCGCCACAUUACUGCGGUAAAGAAGCCCUGGCGUCGGUCAAGCCGUUUCGAGGCAUUAGGGCAAAUGCUACUCACGAAUCAACGUCUCGACAAGCUCGCUGCUGCUCGUGCAGACUUUGAAGAGCGAGGAAUGCUGCGACCCCAAUACCCUACCCUCCCCGACAAAAUUAUCUCCGAGGAUGAUGCCGAGGAGGAGGAAGCUAUUGAUAGCCCCCGGGUAGAGGGUUCGGUAGUACUUGCCCGUACUCGCGAACGGUCAUACCCGGCUCGUCCUGGCGAGCUCGGGAAUCAUAUUGGAGUUCCUCAAUUUACAUCGCUUCUCCAAGCCUAUCUCCGCCCCCCUUCUCCGCCCCCCAGCUCCGAUGAAGACGAUGAAAUAAUUCCCGACGAUAUCGACCUGGACGACAUUCGGAAUCUUGCUGUUUUCCACUCGGCAAUUGCGAGUUUCUACUCGCCAAGUGACCCCUCUGGCAUUCGCGGAAUGAAACGAGAGCGGAUUCGAUGUACUCCGUCAUGGCGCAAGCAUGGCCCUCGACGUGACUGCGCGCUCCUGGUGGAGAACGAGGACAUUGCUGGGUUCAAAGGAAUGAGCGCUGUUCGUGUGCGGCUCCUCUUCUCCUUCACCUAUCAGGGCACUCACCAUCCCUGUGCCCUCGUUGAAUGGUUCAAGAAAGUUGCACGCCGCCCGGACCGCCAGACGGGCAUGUGGAUUGUGAAGCCAGAGAUGAGGAAUGGGUCGCGUCUACUGACCAUCGAGCAUCUAGACAGCAUGCUUCGUGCCGCACAUCUAAUUCCUGUCUUUGGACAGCGUGAAAUUCCUCGCGACUUACGCUACAUACACUCUCUUGACGCUUUCGAAGCUUUUCAUGUAAAUAAGUAUAUAGACGCACAUGCGAAUGAAAUACUAUUUUAG